AAAUCAGGCACCCGUAUCCCUGCACUUGACUAGCCCUGGAGACAUUCAGGCGUAUCAAGCCACACCCGCUUCCGCGCACUAGAUAUAUCGGGGGUGGGCAGCUGCUAUGAGGCUGCAUGUGCCUGAAUACCUCGAGGGAGCCCUCUAACCAGACAACUGCGUGCAUCCGACCGAAAACCUCAUUCCCGGAAUUGCGAUCACGAUCAAGCAAAGAAACCGCCGUACAAAGCACCGACUACCUCCCGAGCUCGCCAUGUCCCUGCAACUCCCCCAAGAACCACCGUCGCGGCCGCUAAGCAUCCGAACCACGGGCACUUCGGCGACGAUGGCAGAUAAGACUGGGGAAAGCUGGAGAGGCGCUGUUGACAAGCACAACUGCUGGGAAGACCUGAUAUUGACACUAGAUGGCGGAGGUAUUCGAGGCUACUCCAGCCUGCUCAUCAUUCAACGACUCAUGCACGAAGUAGCGAAAUGCGAACAACGACUACAAGAAGAGGAAGGACCUGUGCCUGGUAGUACUGGAAAGGAGUUCGACGAGAACGAACUGCUGCCAUGCCACUACUUCGACUACAUGUACGGCACCAGCACAGGAGGUCUCAUUUCAGUAAUGCUGGCGCGCCUACGCAUGACAGUCCCACAAUGUCUCGAGAUCUACCGACGCGUAGGCCACGAACUCUUCGGUCACCGCCGGAACGUCCUCCCAUUAGCCACGAAGUACUACCACAAGCCACUCGAGAAGGCAGUACAGGAAAUUGUGAGCCAAUAUUGCAAACUUCACUCAAACUGCGAUGGCAAGGACUGGCAUCCGUGGGACUGGGACCCAGUUGACGAGGAGUCGCCCAACAUUUCAGGGACCUCUACUUUGAGCAGCAACUCGACAUAUAAGAGCUCAUACAACUCUGCGCCAAUCCAACCGAUCGAUAGGAUAUGUCAAUCCAUCUGUCUCACUGCAACACACAACGGUCAGAUCGACGAAGCCUACCUACUCCGCUCUUACAACCACCGAUACGACCAAGACAUACUGCCACCUUGGGUUCGACCGUACAACGAGGGCGCCGAUAAGCUCAAGAUAUGGCAGGUAACUCGGGCCACAUCGGCAGCACCCUUCUACUUCGACAUGCUUAUCGCGGACGUUGGCAAGAAGCGUGGCUUCAAGGGCUUCAAAGAUGGCGGAAUUCGCGAGAACAAUCCUUCAUACGCGGCAUACAGCGAACACGCAUCAUUAAGAGGAGACGAGCAUGAGCCUGCUCUACUCUUGUCAAUUGGCACUGGACGUCCAAACAAUAACAACGACGGAUUUGCGGCGGUCUGGCCAGGCCCUCUUGGAAAAAUCUCCUUGUUACAGAAGUGGAGCGAAAAGUUCGCAGUCUUCAAGAAUGUCUUGAUCAAGUACACUGAAGGCGAGGCGCGUCACAAGACAAUGCGCACCAUUGCCAAAGGCGAGCACCGAUGGUAUAAGCGCUUGAACGUCGAUCAGGGCAUGGAGGGACUUGCGCUUGACAACUGGGAGAAGGGACCUUGGUUCAAUAUUCAGACCGGUGAAGAGAAAGUUGUCUCCGGCGGCAAAACCCUUUCGCGCAUGGAGAAGGCUUCAGGAGACUACAUGAACCGCGAUCAUGUGGAGACUUUGGACGGUGUGAAGGAGUAUCAGCCACCAAAGAUUGUCCUUCAGCAAAUUGCUGAGCGCCUUGUACGACACCGACGAUUACGCGAGGAGACUAAGAACGACAACCUUAAGCGCUGGCAGACUCACAUGGGUCAGUGGCUGACCGGUGAGCUGAAGGACGAAGACUCGGCGAUCCAAGUCUCCCCUCCCACAAGCCGGCAAGGCUCCAAGUCGAGGUCUAGGCCAACAACACCCGGACGUGCAUGAGCGACAUAUCGCAUGCUCAACAAUACUACCGCGAAAGCCUCCAGC